AUGGUCAACAUUACGGAGAAGAUCAAGGAGAUUGAGGAGGAGAUGCGAAGGACACAGACGGCUGGUGCAGGCAGCGGUGGCGGCGCGGGUUUUGAUGUCAGCAAAAGUGGCGAUGCACGUAUAUCUCUCGUUGGCUUCCCAUCCGUGGGAAAGUCGACGUUCCUGUCCAAAGUCACAAAGACAAGGUCAGAAGUUGCCUCGUACGCUUUCACGACCCUGACGGCUAUUCCGGGUGUACUUGAGUAUGGCGGUGCGGAGAUUCAACUGCUCGAUCUCCCGGGUAUUAUUGAGGGCGCUGCUGAGGGAAAGGGACGAGGUCGUCAAGUCAUCUCGGCGGCGAAGACGAGCGACAUGAUCCUCAUGAUUUUAGACGCGACCAAGCGUGCCGAGCAAAGGGCGUUACUAGAGGCUGAGUUGGAAGCCGUUGGCAUUCGCUUGAACUGCGAGCCCCCGAACAUCUACUUAAAGCAAAAGAAGGCUGGUGGCAUGAAGAUCACCUUCCAGACGCCCCCGAAAAACCUCGACGAGCGCGCGGUGUCCGGCGUUCUACGAGACUACAAGAUGCUCAACUGCGAAGUGCUUGUACGCGACGAGAACGCGACCAUUGACGAUUUCAUCGAUGUCAUUAUGAAAGACCACCGCAAGUACAUCAAGUGCCUCUAUGUCUACAACAAGAUCGACGGUGUGUCGCUCGACUUCCUGGAUUCUCUCGCCCGCGAGCCACAGACUGUGGUGAUGAGUUGCGAAAUGGACUUGGGCCUUCAAGACGUGGUGGAGAGAUGCUGGAAGGAGUUGGCCCUCAUCCGGAUCUACACCAAAAGGAAGGGGGCAGAACCCGACUUCUCAGAAGCGCUGAUUGUCCGGCGAGACAGCACCGUGGAGGACGUCUGCGACCGUAUUCACCGGACGCUGAAGGACACGUUCAAGUAUGCGCUCGUGUGGGGAGCCAGCGCGCGGCAUAUUCCUCAAAGAGUAGGAUUGAGCCAUCCCGUGGCAGACGAAGAUGUCAUUCAUAUAGUCAGCGCUUGGAGAGCAUAG